AUGCCACGUUUAUAUCCAUCGUGGAUAAUAUCUUUGACGAGACCAUUUAAACCUCAGUUCAUAGUGAGCAGCAGUCCCAAUUGGAAAGGCCCUUCCAACCCAGUUGCCGCGUACGCGACCGAGGCGUCGACGCGUUUGCAAAAGUUCCAGCUUCGUAACUAUCAGGAAGAAUGCAUCCAGUCGGUUCUGACUUCACUGAAACAUGGCCAAAAGCGACUGGGAAUAUCGCUGGCGACGGGAGCUGGCAAGACGGUCAUCUUUACUCAGCUGAUUGACCGGAUCAGUCCCAGCUCCAAGGUUGCGAAUCAGACGCUCAUCUUGGCCCAUCGACGGGAGCUCGUGGAACAGGCCGCAAGACAAUGCAGCAAUGCCUAUCCAAAUAAAUCGGUUGAGAUCGAGAUGGGAAACAUGCACGCGUCAGGGACCGCAGAAAUCACCAUUGCCAGCAUUCAGAGCUUCACAUCCGGUGACCGCAUCGACAAGUUUGAUCCCAGGUUGUUUAAGCUCGUACUAGUCGACGAGGCUCAUCACAUUGUGGCUCCUGGAUAUCUGAGGACCCUGAAGCACUUCGGUCUUGACCAGAAGAAAGACGAUUCUCCGACCCUGGUUGGAGUCUCCGCUACCUUCUCUCGCUUUGAUGGGCUACGGCUCGGAGCUGCGAUCGACGAGAUCGUCUAUCACAAAGACUACGUCGAUAUGAUCGGCGAGAAAUGGCUGUCGGAUGUCAUCUUCACCACGGUCGAAUCGACUGCCGAUAUAUCGAGGGUGAAGAGCGGCGCAAAUGGUGACUUCCAACCUGGCGAACUGUCCCGGGUAGUCAACACGGAGCAGAUCAACGAGAUCACAGUUCGUAGCUGGCUAGCGAAAGCCGCAGGCAGAAAAUCGACAUUAGUAUUUUGUGUCGACCUUGCACACGUUUCUGGGUUAACUCGAACUUUUCGCCAGCAUGGCAUGGAUGCCCAAUUCGUCACUGGCGAUACGCCCAAGGUUGAGAGGAGCGAGCGCUUGGAAGCUUUCAAGCAUGGCGAGUUUCCUGUUCUCGUCAACUGUGGUGUCUUCACUGAAGGCACUGACAUUCCCAACAUCGAUUGCAUUAUUCUUGCCAGGCCGACUCGCUCCCGCAACCUACUUAUACAGAUGAUCGGUAGAGGCAUGCGGCUUCAUCCCGGAAAGAAGAAUUGCCACAUUAUUGACAUGGUGUCGAGCUUGGCCACCGGUAUCGUCAACACUCCUACGUUGUUCGGACUCGACCCAUCUGAGCUGGUCAAGGAAGCCUCUGUGGAUGCAAUACAGGGUUUGAAAGAUCGAAAAGAGGCAGAAAAGGAGAGAGCCAAAGAGACGUUCUCGCCUGCUUCAAACCCUUCUCCCGCCGGUGGGAUGAGUCGGAACAUCACGUUCGUCGAGUAUGACUCGGUUUUCGAUCUGAUCGCGGAUACUUCUGGCGAGCAACACAUUCGCUCAAUCAGCAAGAAUGCUUGGGUCCAAGUUGGGCCUAGCAGAUAUGUACUGUCUGGUGGCCCCAACGGGACCUACAUCAGGUUGGAAAAAAGUGAUGCGGAGGAGGAAGACGUGGAAUCCAAGUUCUCAGCGUGGGAAAUCAGGGGUCUGCCAACAGGAGUUUCAAAAUCUCCAUUUGCAGCGCCGCGCCGUAUGCUUAAGGCCACGACCUUCGCUGAUGCUGUCCACGGUGCUGACAAUUACGCGUCGGAACAUUAUCCUCAUGUGCUGAUUUCGAGAAAUGUGAGCUGGCGUCGUGGCCCCCCUACCGAUGGUCAGCUCAAGUUCUUGAACAAGCUGCGGGCUGCAAAUGAGCAACUGGAAGCGACCGACAUCACCAAGGGGAAGGCAACGGACAUGAUUACCAAGGUGCGACAUGGUGCUCGAGGUCGGUUUGCAACACUCGAAGCAGACAAGCGACGAAAGGAACGAAAGGCUUCAAUGCAAGAGCAGGAAAAAGCCAUGAAGCUCCGAGAGCAGGUCUCGCUUGGGCCUUUACAGGCUUGA